GGAAGUGUAUAGUGCAGGGCUGGGACGGUGGUGACUGCCGCACCUGUACUUGUUGCUAUGGGCUGUGCGGCGCUGUAUCCCCUGGAGGCUGCUGUGUGCAGGGGGUGAGCUGCAGCUGUCUGUCUGUCAGGAGGCUAUGGCGCCGUGCUGCUGAGCAGUGGUAGCGGUGUACAGUACCCUAUGCUGCAGUGUACACACCUGUGACACACGGGGACAGCUCAUAGACUGGUGCUAGCAGCACAUGGCCACACAUUGCUGCCUACUGUACAAGCAUUAGGUCAGUGACUACGUGCGCUGUGUCCCUCCACAAUGCCUUGUUCAUGUGGGAACUGGAGAAGAUGGAUCCGUCCUCUGGUUGUUUUCCUCUAUGUUAUAGGACUAGUAGUGGGAAUUCCUGUAUGUAUCUGGGAGCUGCAGAAAAUAAAGGUUAGCGUGCACACCAAAGCAUGGUUUAUCGCUGGGAUAUUUGUGCUUAUGACUAUACCAAUCUCUCUAUGGGGAAUUUUACAGCAUUUGGUUCACUACACACAGCCUGAACUGCAGAAACCCAUAAUACGAAUACUGUGGAUGGUGCCCAUUUACAGUGUAGACAGUUGGAUUGCCUUGAAGUAUCCUGACAUUGCCAUAUAUGUGGAUACCUGCAGAGAAUGCUAUGAAGCUUAUGUUAUCUACAAUUUCAUGAUUUUCCUCUUGAACUAUUUAACAAAUCGCUGUCCAAAUUUGGCACUGGUUCUUGAAGCAAAAGAUCAGCAGAGACAUCUACCUCCUCUGUGUUGUUGUCCAUCCUGGCCUAUGGGAGACGUGCUGUUGUUUCGGUGUAAGUUGGGCGUGCUCCAGUAUACAGUGGUUCGACCAGUUACAACUAUAAUUGCUUUGAUUUGUCAGCUGACUGGUAUCUAUGGUGAAGGAGAUUUUAGUCUAAAAAAUGCUUGGACGUACUUGGUCAUAAUUAACAAUGCCUCACAACUGUUUGCUAUGUACUGUCUUGUCCUGUUCUACAAAGUGCUGAAGGAAGAAUUGAAUCCGAUUCAACCAGUUGGCAAAUUUCUGUGUGUGAAGAUGGUCGUCUUUGUCUCUUUCUGGCAAGCUGUAUUGAUCGCACUCAUGGUGAAAGUUGGAAUUAUUUCUGAUCAACAUCUUUGGGACUGGAAAUCUGUCAAAGAUGUUGCUACAGGCCUUCAGGAUUUUGUGAUUUGUGUUGAAAUGUUCCUGGCAGCCAUCGCUCAUCACUUCAGCUUUUCCUACAAACCUUAUGUGCAAGAAGCUGAAGAAGGCUCGUGUUUUGAUUCCUUCCUUGCUAUGUGGGAUAUAUCGGAUAUCCGAGCAGAUAUAUCAGAGCAAGUACGCAAUGUUGGAAGGACAGUUUUGGGUCGACCCAGAAAAAUGUUUUUUCCUGAUGACCUGGAACAGAAUGAGCACACUAGCUUGUUGUCUUCCUCAACUCAGGACCCAGUAUCUGCGGCAUCAUCUAUGCCACCGUCUCCUUCUGGACACUACCAAGGGUUUGGUCAGACGAUAACCCCUCAAACUACACCCACAUCUGCUACAAUUCCAGAAGAACUGUACAGCGCAGAGUCCCCUGAGGUGGAGGAAGAUGUCCAGGUGCUAGCGCCAGAGCCUGAUGAGGUGGAGGUAUCACAUGUAGGCUCCUAAAUCAUAGGAAACCAUGCCAAAUGUUCUUAUGACUUGAAAGCCCCUUGUGGGGAAAAUGGUGCCCAAGUGGACAUCUGCUGCUGUAACAAAUCAAGGUCUGGAUGACGUCUAGUUUGGGCAGUUUUUGGUUUUAUGUAUUUUCUAUGUAAGCGUCUGUGUUUUUAAACUGGCUAAAGAGCGAGUGUCCAUGUAAAUAAACACCAACAGCUAAACAGAUAUUUGGACCUUUUACCCCACUACUAAAGGUAUUUUAAACCAACCAGCUCACUUUGACACUUGUACCAAAUGCAUCACAUUAAGCUCCUAUGUAUAACAUUCAGCUGCUGUGGUUGUUUUUAAAACCCAUUCUAGAUUUUACUGUGCAUAUUGGGGUGAAUAGAUUCUCCAGCACAUGUAUAUAACAUAUAGGGUAGGCCGCAGCCACAAUUGGAGAGGCUUCACCAAGAUGGGUCAACUUGCCAGUACUAGAUACAGUGCCUUUCCACCUUCCAAGCUAUCCACAGUAAUGAGGUUAUCCACUUACCCUAUGAAGCUAUUACACGACCUCUGACUUGUAGAUGGUUUUUCCUGACCUAGUGGACAACUCCUUCAAGUUUUCAGAAUAAACUUAAGCAGAGUUAUGGAUACUAGCCAGUCUCAGAAACUGCCAGAUUUAUCACAGUCUCUCAGGCUGUUUGGUAAAUCAGGCAUAUCUUUAGAUACCAGUAUUUCCCAACCAGGGUGCCUCCAGCUGUUGCAAAACUACAACUUCCAGCAUGAGUUACAGUGCCUUGCAUAAGUAUUCUCUCCCUUGGACUUUUUCCCAUUUUGUUACUGUUAUAACACCUUAAGGACGCAAGGCGUGCAUGGACGUCCGGCACCUGCUCCCGGUCUAUGAAGCAAGCUCAGGAGCUGAGCGCUCAUCAUAUUGGGAUUGUCCCUGCAGCUAUCAGCAGCCGGGACGCAUGACUAAUGCCAGACAUCACUGAUCAAGAUCAUUCCCGUCAUUAACUCUUUAGACGUUGUGAUCAAAGUUAUUUGCGGCAUCUAAAAUGCAAAAAAUCGAAUCCCAGCUGAUCGGAACACAGAUGCUGAAAUCGUGGGGUCCCGAUAAGCUGAGAGGACAGUAGGAGGGUCUCUACCUGCCUCCAGCCCAUCCGUUCAGUGCUCCAGGAAGCCAUGGCAGCCUGGCGCAUUGAAGCGAGUACAUGUAUGCACUCUAAAGAUUGCAUAUAAUAGUCUCCUAUGGGGACCAAAAAAGUGAAUUAAAGGUAAAAAAAAAAUUUAAUAAAUGUGAAUAAGCCGCUGCCAUAAAGGGGUACUCCGCCCCUAGA